UAGCUUAUACCUAGCGCAUUCUCGGUAUCUGAUUGGAUAUUCUAGAAAGAAUGAUAUCGGAUCAGCAGCGCGUCCACUGGUUUGGAGGGUUUAGGUGGCACACAGCAGACUUAGCGCGAUGGCGCCUCGAAAGAAAGUUAUCGAGAUCCAGCGAGCUGGGACCAAUCUCAGCAGGAAAGAGUUAGGAGUCAUGUGUCAGCACGGGAAGAGACGGGUGUCGUGCUUUCUGGGAAGCAUACAGACCAUACUGGUGGUCUGGUGGACUCCUGUGAGUGCGAUGACUUACUUUUCGAAAGAUGCAGUGGAGGUCAGGACUUGCCAGAUUGGGAAGUCACCUGAGGACCCAGGAGCCUCAACGGCAUUUGGACUCCAAAGCUUCCCAGUCGAUUGAUGAGAUCGUAAUUAUAUCAUCUCCAUAUUCCAUUCCCCGGUGCGGAUUGUGCUAGUUCGAUAGCUGCAAUCCCAUCUAAUCG